UAGGGAUUUAGGUAGAGGCAAUUUUCGUGGUCGUCCAUCGAGAGAGAGCAGGCAUGGCGAAUAGCAAGUACGAGUACGUGAAAUCGUUCGAGCAGAGCGACGCGCUGCUGCCGCACACUUGGAUCGUCAUCCGAGUGGACGGGCGAGGCUUCACUCGCUUUGCGCAGGUGCACGGGUUCCAGAAGCCGAACGACGAGCAGGCGUUGCACCUGAUGAACGAGUGCGCCACGGCUGUGCUGGAGGACAUUCCGGACAUUUGUUUUGGUUAUGGGGUCAGCGAUGAGUACAGUUUUGUGCUGAGGAAAAACAGCACCCUCUUCCAACGUCGAGCCAGCAAGCUGGUGUCAAUCGUAGUCUCUCUGUUUUCGGCAACGUAUGUGAUGAAAUGGGGUCGUUAUUUUCCGGGGACCGAGAUGCAGUAUGCUCCUUCUUUUGACGGGCGAGCUGUCUGCUAUCCAUCCGACACCAUCCUCAGGGAUUACUUGUCAUGGCGACAAGUAGAUUGUCAUGUCAAUAACCAGUAUAACACAUGCUAUUGGAGUUUAGUACACUCUGGGUGCAGUCCGGCUGAAGCUCAGAAUGUUAUAAAGGGUACACUAGCUGACUUUAAAAACGAGCUUCUUCACACUCGCUUUGGCAUCAACUACAAUGACCUGCCUGCUAUUUUCAGGAAGGGGUCUCUUGUUUUCAAAAGAAAGGAUGAAAACAUAGUGAAAGUUGAGAAUGGUGUGCCUAUCAAAAGGCAAAAAACUAUGGUGGUUGUUAGCCAUGAAGAUCUUAUCAAGGACUCAUUUUGGAAAGAGAAUCCGUCUAUUUUGGGAAGUGCAAAUUCGAAAAAGGCCAAUCUUCGAUCGGCAGCACUGACAGAAAAGGAUGCUGAGACGUCAGCGUUCAAGAACGGCUCCGAGAUGAUGAUGGAGGUUCACAGCUGACAUUUUUCUUAUGAGCGAUCAGGAGACCUGCUAGCCAUGCCAUAUUCCGCUGUACAUAUUCUGCUCGUAUUCUCCAGUAAUUUUUUUUUUCGAGUUGAAGUACAUGGCGACUUCCCAAGGGGCUGUUUUCUUUUCUCGGAUUUGAAAUAUUUUAGGAAAUUUUGGAGAUCGCAGGAACGCUAUGUAAAAAGUAAGUCCACCUUCAAGCUCUUACAAAGUAGGAUAGUUUUCAAGCUUUGACGAAUGAAAAGUCCGGGUUUGGCGACCUGCGUAGCGAUAUUUUCGUAAUUCGAGAAUUACCAAAAUUGGGUGGUUCCAAUACAUCAGUUCUGGCUCAAUGUUGUGUGGAACACUUGUAUAUGCGAGUCUGCAAACACAUCAAUGAACAAAUCCAUGUAUACUUUGUGCAGGAAAUUUAUAGCUACGGUUUGCAGGAACUUUCUGCCAAGUACACUGGGAACUUGUAGAGUGUACACGCACAUAUUGCUCUACCGUCAUUUGCUAAAUCGUCUGUGGGGUCAAAGCAGAAAGUAGUCAUUUUUAACAAUGUACACUGUCUAUUGUAUUUCAAGACAUGAAAGAGAAG